CCAAUUUUGGUCAUAAACUCAAAACCCCCCCACCCACAAUCACAUUAAACUAAAACCCCAUUUAUCCAAAACAUGUCAAUUCUUAGUGAUUUCUUUGGUAAUUACCAAGAAAAUUUCUUGUGGAACAAUGAUCACAAUCAGAGUUUUAUUUCCGGGGAAGAGACUUCAUUUGACUUCAAUUACUUGAACGAUAUGUUGUUUGAUGAUAUGGUUUUCGCCGAAGAGACGAUGUCGUCUUCGGAUUCAAGCUCUUGCUCGUCUCCGAUUGAGUUGCAAGUUAAGGAGGAGGUGGUGGAGGUGGAGGUGGAGGAAGGGAGUGUUUGUGAUGAGGUCGUUGUGGAGGAAGAUCAAUCACAUAAGGAGGAGAGGGUUUACCGAGGGGUACGGAGGCGGCCAUGGGGGAAGUAUGCAGCCGAGAUUAGGGAUUCGACACGACAAGGGGUGAGAGUGUGGUUAGGGACGUUUGAUAGCGCCGAGGCGGCUGCGUUGGCAUAUGACCAAGCCGCAUUUUGUAUGAGAGGAGGGUUAGCCACGCUCAACUUUCCGAUCGAGGUUGUUCGAGAGUCGCUUCGGGAAAUGAAGUAUCGGUGGGAGGUCGGGAGCUCACCGGUCUUGGCGCUUAAGCGGCGCCACUCCAUACAGAGGAAGAGGAUGGCUGAAGUGGAGAAGAUGGAGAAGAAGAUGAUGAAGAAGAAGAAGAAAAGUGUAGUUGUUUUUGAGGAUUUGGGUGUUGAGUACUUGGAAGAACUUUUAAGUUUGACUUCUUAAAUUGUGGGUGGUCAUUAGGGAUUAGGGAUGAUUGUUAAUUCUUUUGCCCUCUAUUCUUUCCUUCUUUUCUUCAUUUUAUUGUAAUACCUCAACUAGUUAUUAAUGUUUUAAUAAUACUUUAUACAUUAAAUUAAAUUAAAGUGUGUGUGUAAUAUUCUAUAUUA